GCCGAGCGAGCCAAGCAUGCAUGGUCUAGCAAACCGUGGAGAAACCAGUAGACGAUUGAGUGUAGCAAAAACCAGAGGGAAACCACAAAUCAGUCGGUACCCCACCUUAGCAUACCAGGGACAACAAUGUUUACAAGGGGCGGAGCAUCUGGAAACCAGAAUGAGAAGCGGCAGCUCCAACGGAGCUCCGGAGAUGAGCUUGACGAUUUCUUGGAGGAGCAGCUUCAACGACGGCCAGAAGUACGGAUCAUCAACAGAUACGCGGUCGUCAUGGCGUACAUCCGACUUGGCCUGAAAGGCAUCGGGGCCCUGGCGCUUUUGUGGGCCACUGUCGUCCUCCUCGGCGGCUUCGUCUCGUCGCUGGAGGGGGACGAUUUUUGUUAUGUCACAGUCAUCGCAUUCAUCCAGGCGGCCGGGGUAUUCGAUGCGAUGGGAGAUGCUCGGUUUGUGUUCUUGGCAAAUUGGAUUGAAAAUCUUAAACGGAGAACUCAUUCUGUACUAGACCUCACUCUGAUUGUGGUAUUUACCCCAGUGGUGUACUCUGCUGUUCUUGGACCAUCCGUGUGCAUUUUGCUACCAUUGUUCGGUAUAACCAAUAGUGAGCUAUGUCUAGGUUAUGCCGAACCAAAUUUGAAGCAGGCGUUGAAAUUAUUCUACUACCUAUCCAUUGUUCAUGGCGCAAUAUGCUUAUUGUGUAUAGUGAUUGAAACGACUGCUGAUGAAGGUUUGGUGGAGAAAUUUGGCCGGCGACAUGGUCUCAGCCCUGAAGUACUUGAUGGAUACUUGCACCAAACCAAGCAGACGUGUGCAAAGAACCUGGAGUCCAUAGAGAGCUGGAACUUGAUCGUAUAUGGUGCUGGCUUGCUAGAUUCCCAAUUACCAGAGGACUAUGCGUCAGGAGGAAGGGUAUUAAAUAUACUGAUUGACCAGGAUACACCGGCGCUGAUUACACGGCUGCUGAUUAGGUCACCGAGACAAAGAAUUCAGAAGCUGAUCGAAACCCUUACCUGGAGUAACCCAGCAGAACGAGAGAUGAGGUGGCUUGCAGCAAGGAUUGUUGAGCAUCUCGCUGGUCAUCUCAACCUUGCUCACUUUCCAGGAGCAUUGGAAUGCAUAUCCUCACUCUUUGAAACUUCAUGUCAUAACAAUGGUGAUCAAGAAGCUCUCCAUCUGCCUUUUGUAGUUGGGCGUAGCAAGCAUAAGAGAAGGAUAAAUAAUAUGCUACACGAUAUGGUUAAUGGUGUCCUGCAAGGUCGGAAUACACUGUUACUUAUUUUAUCUGGACAGUUCUAUGUGGUAGCGAUUUGCCUAUAUCUACGAGCUAUUUAUUAUUAUUUUAGUCCCCCGGAGAAUGUUGGUACCCCAGAGCUAGACAACAAGCAGAGGGGGAGUGAUGAGGAUCUGCUCUUGCCAGGCCUGAGAAUUCUAGAGAACCUGGCUCACAACAGACACAACUGCACAAUGAUAUACAACACCCAGGAUCUUCUUUGCCAAAUAGUUGCACCUGUCCGCUCCAACGAAUUAAUACAUGAUAUCAAGAGUAGCGCUGCAUGGACCAAGGUGGUAGAUGGAUCAUUGAAAGUGGUAAGCCGGCUCAUGAGUUCUUCAGGCAGCGCUGGCAAUAAAAUGCGCAGACUAAUUACAUGUGAUACAAAUGCAGUCAAAAACCUGAAGGCUGUUGUCGCCAUGGAUAUGAAGAGCAACAAUGGUAUCAUACAGUUAAAGAUACGAGCUAUAGAGGUUCUUACACAAUUAGCCUUGCAUCAUCCUGCAAGUACUUCUGCUACUGUGAUAAGAGAACACCUACACAUCUUCCUACAGGAUGAUUGGAUGGGGAAUUAUUUGAAAGGUGAGAAAAUGAGGUUCGAGCACCAAAGUACAAACCAACAAAAUAAUUUACCAGAACCGUCAACGGGAGCACUUAUGGAUAAUCUCAUUCUCAUUGUCAGUAACGUAUGUCCAUUAAUCUUGUUCGUAGGGGGCACACAAGAACGCGUGACGAGGGCAAGAGAAGCACGUGAGUUGAGGGCAGCAGAAGCAUGUUUGACUGUGAUGAGGGCCGGACAAGCACAUCUGAUGAAAGAAGCUCAGGAAAGUGCAAGCCAGUUUAAAGAGAAGGCUGGUGAAGCAUUGGCCAUGUUGUCUAGUGACUCAGAGCCUCAGAGGCUGUCAAGAGCUUCACGAUUGAAGUAUGUACAGAAGACAAUGCCCGUCGUCUUACUGACUUGCUUGACUCCAGUAUCAAGACCAUCAAAUGUGAAAUAGGUGAAACAGAACCUGUGGAGAUAGAGAUCAGCAUUUCUUGUCGUAUUAGCGCCAGUGUCAUCUUGAAGAAUCUGAGGAAUCGCGACAUGAAACUAACCUUAGAGAAGGUACUCGCAGAACUGCUUCCUAUACAGGCGGAAGCAAGUAGCACACCACAGUGGUGGGGGCGUCACAUCUCUUGUUCUUGCAUUGCAGCAUUCAGAAACGACAUAGAAAGCCGUGCCAUCUCUUGCAUUACAUCAACAUGGAACGACAUGGAACGAAGCGCCACCCGUUGCUUUCCAGCGUUCAGAAACAACACAGCAAACCCAAGCGAUGGUGGGAACGACGAGCCUUCCACUUCACCGAUUCACCACAUCCAGCAGUGUGGGGAGAGGAGGCUGCAAGCAGAGCUCAUAUCACUUGUCGCGGUGAAUCUUGAAAAUAACAAUUUUGAUUUUGCAGCAAUCUUAAUAUUACCACCGCGCGCGCCGCCAGUUUCCCUGCUGGAAGAGUUUGUGGUGAAGCUCAAGAAGAUGGUGGAGGACAACAUGUACGCCACCCCUGCGUGCCUGGCUAUACAGAAGCUCGCCUGCAAGAUGGUUACAGGAUUCCUCCAGCAUGAUCGAAACGUUGAAGUGAUCGGCAAUCAAAAUAUUGUUGGCACAUUACUGGAGGCUUCAAAGGUGAUGGCCGGGCUUGAGAGCAGCAUGCUUUUCACUGGCGUCCAUCAUGACUGCCACGGGGUUCCUCUGAAGCCUUUUUUAUCUGUUCUCGCUAACCAGGCAAAAGAUCUUUUGAAACUGAAGAAACGGGCUCAGACUCUGGCUCGGGCUCAGCUUCGGCGCACCAACAGUGCGCCUGCCGGUGCAUCACCAACAUGAUUGUUGCGUUACGGAGUAUUUCUGUAUGUUAAAAAUACUGAAACGGGUAUCCAAUUCUAGGUGUGCUAUAUGCUUGCUGGUUUUUCUUUUCUUCCUUUGUUGAUUUGUGAGAGACUUUGUAAUAACGGGCCGUGUGCACCUUUCGGCGUAGAGACCAGGCGUGUGAUCCUUCCAUUAUUCUAAGAAACUGAAAUCAGUUUCUGCAUUA